CGCGCAGACCGCGCGGGCGAGCGCCGGCGGCCCCUCGGCGGCCAUGCGGUUCCUCGGCGCUGCGUCCGGCGCUCCGUGGGCGCUGCUGCUGCUGCUGCUGCUGGCCCGCGGCUCCCGAAAUGAAGGCACAAACAGCACUGCGCCCUUUACUACGAUUCCAGGCAGUGGGUUGCCAGACAAUAGCAGUUCAUCCAUUGUCACUGCAUCAUCCACACAGUCUACAGCAACAUCUACAGGAGGUACGUCCGCCACCACUACUCAUCUGACCAGUACCAGUCAGCCCAACACCACCACCAUGUCUGUGAUCUGGACAACUCAGCCCACCAAAAGCAACCAGACAGUAACAGCCACCACAGCUUCACCAGUCACAUCGCCACAAGGCAAUAUUACAGUGGUGACCACUUCUAAGACUUCUUCCACUUCUGUAACAGCUACAUCAAAAUCGGACGCUGUCGUAGCCAAUACCUCCAGAUUUGAUGUGGGCAGUUUUGUAGGUGGCAUUGUGCUGACUCUUGGAGUCCUAGUAAUUCUCUACAUUGGAUGCAAAACUUACCACUCUAGAAGAGGCAUUCAGUACAGAACCAUUGAUGAACACGAUGCCAUCAUUUAAAGAGACUUCAGUGAAGACAGUGUUGGAGACCCACCCUGUCACAGCUGUUGUAACUUCUGAGAGAGUUUCUUUCAUAAAGAUGAUCACAGUCUCUGAACCUGUCUUGAGUGUUAUCCUGCAAAAUGUUGAGAAGCUUUUUAAACAUCCUAAUUUUUUAUAUUUGCUUUCAUAAGAGGAGCUCAGCACUUUGUAGAGACAGUAUUUUCUUUUUCCAGUACUAGUAACCAGAUUUAAAGAAAAUCACAUAUUGAGUCAUUUUAAGGUGCACACAAGCACAAAGCUCUCUGAAAUAGCUAAUUACUAGCACAGACAAUUGCAGCAGUGCAAUUCUAAGUAAGUUUGGGCGGUUUUUUUCUAAAGUUUUGUAUUAAAUUGUAUUUAUUUUGAAGUUUGAUGUGAACUUUAGUUUAGAAAUUUUGGAUUUUGAACAACUCAGUUAAUUUUUGAUAGGCUAUGAAGGAGGUGUGGUUAGAUAACUGUAUAGAAGGUGAUAAUGAGUACUUUAAAUGUCAGCCAUUAGCUCACCAGUGACCUGCAGAUACUUUCCUUAAUAGGCUAUAUAAGGAGGGCAGCUGCAGGAAACAUGGACAGAAUGGAAAUAUCUAUCCCUUUUCUCUAAAAGCUUCUUUUUUUCUAGCAUGUCCUAAUGAAGCUUGUGCAAUUCAAGCUUUAAUAAAAAUGGAAAAAAGGAAUUUUGCCAUCAUAAAUACAAGAAGAUUCUACAAUUGGCUUUUAAGUUGAAGGUAGCAAUCACUUGGCUCUUGGUUUUUAUUAUUACAAAGCUGUCUGCAGUGUUUUAGCAGCAUUUGAUAAUCAUUCAAAGCUAUAUAGAGAAGGGAAAACAUAUAAGACAGCAUUUUAGAAGACUAUAAACUGCAUUUUUACAGCUGUUUUCAGAACUUGGUCCUGCUGCACAGAUGUACAGAGGUCUGGUCAAAAACCCAGCUGAAGGCACUCUGAGCAGACCUUCAGCUGAAGGCCCAAAUGCCCUGGGGGUCCUGUGCAGGAUGGCUGGUGCUGCUCCCAUGUCACUGCUGCAGGCACACUCAGGUAAAUCUGCUGACUCCAGUAGAUGGGCUCCUGACUUACACGGCUGUAAGGAAAACUAGAACAAGGAUCAGGAAACACAGGCCUGCAUCUCUGUAAGUCACUGAAUGAUUGUUCAGUCUUGCUCAGGCUUCACCUGUAGACCCAUGCCCCAAGAGGGUUGGUGUGGUGGGGUUUGACUGUCCUGGUUACUGCUGGCACCAGGCCCUCAUGGUGGGCACAGAGGAAAUGGUGACCGGUGAGGAAGGUCACAGUGGGAACUGCACAUAGGUCUGUUGGGGGCUGGGGAACAACUCAUCAGGGAAAAUGUAACUACUCUGGAACAGACUAUUUUGUUAAGCAAUAGUUUAUUCUGACAUGCAGUGUUAGAAGUUGCCAUAUGGGGUUUUUUCCUUUUUCACAUGGAGUAGUAAACCCGUUGUUUGCAAGGCACAGCCAACUUGAGCAAACCAUAGCUCAUGAGUCAUCUUGCUAGGACCAGCUGCUCACCUGAGAAGGGGGUAACGGGGCUGUUUCAUUUUUUUAGUGCAUUUGAGGGUCGGGGGGGAGAGAGUGAUUUGAAGUAACUUUUUUUUUUUUUUUUUUAAUUGUAUUGUUUGGUGGAAUAUUACUGGAUUUGCCUUGAAGAGUUAUGGAGACAAUUCUUUCAUAGAACUGUAAUUCCUUACUUUGUAGAAAUUAAGAUAAGUGCAACUCAGUUACUGGGAUUGCCUUACCUCUACUGUACAGACAAAUAAAUCUUUGGAGUUACUACAUCAA